GCAUUAGGACGCAUUGGCUUUACAUCUCGAGCUAGGCAGCAUGUGGGCAGGGGCUGAGGUGCAGCUUGAGCUGGGAGUAAUUCGUGGGGAUUACGUGAGAGCGUGUGUCACCAGUGUCGGGCAUAGUGAAUGGUGAGAUUCGUGUGAGGAUGUGGGGGAGGUGUAGGUCCACAUUCCCUGCUCGUCUCGCUCCCACGUCCGGAAAACCGGCAGCGGAAGCUGCAGCUCGGAACAAGGAAGUUGCUGCAUGAUUGCCUUGGGCCGCGGUGCUCGCGAGCGAUCGCUCUCACACGCCUUCUAAUGCUCGUCAUUCAGUCCCAUCAGGCAAGGGCGAACUGUCUGCCUGUCCACACAGUGGGAACGCGAGGAGAGAGAAAGGGAGGGGGGGACAUAGAUCCAUGGUGCUGGUGAUCGGUAAUCUCGUGCAGGAGUAGCAGCAGCUUCAGCUGCAGCAGGGGUCAUCCAGUUAGCAUUUCUUGAUUCUUGACCUGCAGUGUUGCACUCCUAUACCUCACCCGGAUCUCUCUCCCUCUCUCUCCAGACAUCUUCCUAAUUCCGUAUUCCAUCCUCGGAGGCAUUCUUUCUAUUUCCGCCCCUUGGCAAUAAAUCAAGCUUCCAACGACGAAUUCCAUCCGCCCUCUCUUAUAAUUAAGCUCUGCAGAUUUGCAGCUCACGCAGAGCGCGCACAGCGGCCCGGACAGAUUGGGAAUCGGAGCACAUCGAGAGGUUCAAUUCGACCGAAAGGAACUCGGAUUCUGCGAGGUGUGGACUCGAGCCAGGCAACCUGGAAGAGAGCGGCGGUGGGAUUCGGUGCGGGCCGGGGGCCGGGGGCUGGAGUCGCGUAUAUGUUGAUGUCCUGACAGAAGUCUGAGCACGGAAUUGCAGAUUUACGAGGCCGAUCGAACAUGUGUGAAGCACACGCGGGCCGGCCAAGUGAGAAAUUGCAGGUGCAGGGGGUGGGAAAUUAGAAAAACUCGAGGCGAGGCCGAAUUCGAGCGGGUCUGAGAGGGAGCGAUCGCGCAGUCGACGACAUUGCUCUGGUCCUUCCGGGGCCGGGCGCCGGGCACGAUCUGCGAGUGCCCGGGAGGAGGCAGGGCAGCAAAUGCAGGAGAGCCCUCGCGAUGGUGGUCUUCGCACCCACCAAGCCGAGCCGCUCGCUGUGCUACAGGCCGGCCAUCAUCUCCACCACGCUGGGCGUGCUCUUCCUCGUCUACCUCACGACGGUGCUGCUGUUCCCCAAGGUGCCCAACAUCAUCGCGCCGUCGAGCUCCUUCUCUGAGACGGGCUCGCUCAACAGCAUCUUCAGCGGCCCGACGGAGGCGCUGUCGCCCGCCGUCGAGCGCCUCGUCGCCGAUCUGCGCCGCGCCACGCAGGAAGCCGAGCGCGGAGGCGUCCCGUUCUCGUACACGGCCAAAGAGCGCGAGCGCUGGCUCGAGCGCAACCCCUGCCGCGCGCGCAGCGAGCUGCCCCCGCUCUACGCGCGCCGGCGCGUGCAGGAUGUCGCGCCGAACCCGCAGUGGCAGGCCGUGCUGGCCGAGUACGCGACGCUGCACCGCACCUGCGUGCGCAAAAUCGCCAACCUGACCGACUACUUCGUGACGGGCGCGGACGUGCCCGGGUGCAAAUUCAUGACGGGCGAGUCGCUCUUCGGCCUGGGCAACAAGCUGACCUUCGCGGCGUCGCUGGUGCUGUAUGCCAUCCUGACGCAGCGCGUGGUGCUGUUCCCGGAGUGGAGCUCGUCCAUGCCCGUGACGAUGUGCGAGCCCUUCGAGGGCUCGUCGUGGAAGGUGCCAACGGGGCUUGAGUUUCUGAGCAAGCGCCCCAUGUCGCCCAUGGGCGUGAACGAGCUCCGGUCGACGAACGCGACGGACCGGCUGCUGGCCUGGGUCGACCUCGAGCGCAAGCACUGGACCAAUGCCAGCGCCGCGAACCUGGCCGGCAAGAUGUACUACGCGGAGCUCGACGACGGCUGGCAGCCGGUAGACCGGUUCUGGUGCGACGCCGAGCAGGAGGUCGCGUCGCACGUCCGGUGGAUGUCGAUGGCCGGCUGCUUCUACUUCGUGCCCAAGCUUUUCGCCAUCCCCCGGUUCCAGCCCACGCUGGAGGCCCUCUUCCCCGACAAGCUGGCGCUGACUCACAUCCUGCGCUCCGUCUUCCUGCCUUACGACGCCGCGUGGGAUCGCGUCAAGCGCAUCGACGACAUGUUCCUCGAGAAGGCGGACAAGCGCGUCAGCAUCCAGGUCCGCUACCGCAUGGGCGAGUACGAGCACACGCAGCUGAGUCAGGGCGUGAAUCAGCACAUCACCAGCUGCCUGCUGGACAACGGAAUUCUGCCGAACGUGACGCAGUUCUUCUCGCCCGAGCUGCAGCGCGGUUUGCCGCGGCCCGCGCCCAUAAUCAAGGUGCUCAUCACGUCGCUGUAUCUCGACCUGCAGGACCAUCUGUCGGAGAUGUAUCUGCGCCACCAGACCGUCACGGGCGAGAGCGUGGGCCUGCUGCAGCUGACCCACGACGACGAGCAGCGCUGGGGGCUCGAGCCCGACACGCAGGCGCUGGUCGAGGUCAUCCUGCUCAGCCUCUCGGACACCAUGCUCGUCACGCCGCUCUCGACCUUCGGCGGCGUGGCGCAGGCCUACGGCGGCCUGCGCCCCUUCAUCAUCGAGCAGUCGAAGCGCGAGGGCGGCUCGUGCGUGCGCGCCGACUCCGUCGACAUGUGCUACCAGCAGGCCUCGACGACUUACGACUGCCCCCACGACAAGCGCCGCCACGAGAAGGAGAUCAGCGACGUCGUGCCAUACAUUCAGAAGUGCAUGGCCGUGGAUUCGUCGACCGGCGUGCACCUCAUCACGAGCUGAAUCUGAGCGCCUCGAUGGAUGCACUCGCGAUUGAUUGCACUUUUCUGGAGCCAGAUCGAUCGACCAGAAGAUGAAGAAGUCGAUGAAGACGACUCGUUGGUGCCUGAGAUUGGAGCCCGGUCGAGGGCGAGUCUCCGGCGCGUCGGCCGCAUGUUCGUCGGCCGAGCACAGCAGCUGCGAAAGUUGGGAGUGAGCAGGUUGCGACAACAACCACAAUUGUGACAAUAGGACUCUUACAUCUGACAAUAACAAUCACCUCCUCCCGUUUCCCGCCCGUCCGCGUCGAUCUUCGUCCCCGAUCCGGGACUACAGGUGGUUGGUGAAUGUACAGUACGAUACAGUAGUGGUUUGUAAAUCUAGCAGCAGAUAUAUGUUUAUCGAUUCUUUCUCAAUUCUUCGACCCGGAAUUGACCUGCCCAUCCUCCCGCACAUCGAGCACGGAUGAUGGCUGAAGUGGCAACCUAUUCAAAUUUCUGAAAAUUAGGACACGGAUCUCUCUCGACAGUACCAGCUGAGCUUUGAUCUUGUAAGGUUUCGUUCGAAGCACCAUCGCCUCGAUCCUCGGCGACCGAUGCCACGGUGAAUUUUUGUUACUCGUCGGGCUUGGUGAUGGAAUGGUGGUCCGUUGGAAAUGAGGGUGCAUUACUCUCGAAAAAUGCUGUAGGCUGGUUUGAUAUGAUCACUCGACUGAUGACGAACAAGAUGAUGAUGAUGACGUUGUUGUUUCUGAGCCCCGCUCUUCGAGACUCAGAAAGUUAGUUAGUACCGAUUACCAUCUUGGCCAUCGAGACCCGCUUCGGUGGUUUGCAGCCUGCAAUUGCAAGCGCACCCUGGGGAGCGGAGAGUUUUUGGAAAUCUAUUGUCCAGGGCUACUCAAGAACUAUUUUUUACCAAAUAAAAGCUCCAUUUAGCACGC